GGAUCACAAAAUGUUGUCUCAACGACGUUCAUUGUACAUGUGAUGAUUUGUCUAUAAAAGUAAAAAAAAAGAAAAGAAAAAAGAUUAUCUAAUAAAUAAACAAGUAAACAAGCACAAACUCUACAAAAUGUAUUUAAAAUGUUUUUGAAAUGCUGUCUCAUUUAAAUCCUCAGUUACUGGGCUAAAUGAAAAACAUAUGUUGACUUAUGUUGGAAAAACUACUUCAUGUCUAUGGUAAUAAAUAUGACAAGCUUGCAUUAUGUCAAGAUGCACCAAACAAGAACUGUUCCACUUAUAAACACACCUAAAUAUGAUGCUGUAAAUUUACAUGGAAGACCGAAUCUCAUCACACUCAAUGCUUUCACUUCCUCCCUCAGUGGAGCAUAAAACUGAAGAACUAUAGCACAGCUUUCACUUACAAUGAAACAAAACCAAUAAAGCAGUGACCCAGACCUAACUGCACAGAGAUUCUUCAGUGUAAAAGAAGAUGCUGUGUGAAAGUAAGCUGUGGAGUUUGACGUUUUGCUCUGAACCUGAAUGUGUGAAUCCUUCAACAUGCUGCACAGUCACAGCGCCAUCAUCACCUCGGCUGAGCUAUCGCCUUUCAGCCCAAAUCCCAGUCCACUCAUCUCAAGAGCAGCAUUCCAAAACAACCCGGUGCGAUGCCCAUCUUUUCUCCAUAGCCCCUGUGGCAGGACGACAGCUCUCCCUAGGUGUGGACAUUCCCAGGCAGGCAGACUCACCAGAGGCAGAGGCCUUUUUGGUGCCUUUUAGCUGCCAUAGCAUCUGUCAGCACUACAGCGAUUUACACAUUGCUGGUGGCCCGGUACUGCCUCUGAGCACCAGUGCAGGUGAUGCACAGGGUAGUCACAGCCAGGACCCCCAGCCUGGGCCCUUCCUGAUGUCUGGAGACGUCCCUUCCCCCUCCCUCCUGCCUCCUCUGAUCCAUAAGUACCGUAGCUCAAGGCGCUGGAGGGAAGAAAGUGGGCGUGAGCGUCCCUCUCUUCUGCAGUUUGCUCAGCCCCUCUCUAACUCCCAGCUCAAUGGCUACCUGGAACAGAAGCUUCUGGAGCUGUACAGGCAGUACCUGACCGAGGGGCCCCCAGGGACAAGGCCCGUCAUGGCCUCUGAGCUACUGCAGACCAGCCUGGACCAGAUGACACUACAGCUGAGCCGUGAGCAGAACAUGGAGGCCGCACGAGCCAAAGACAUGCUGCUCAGCUGUCUGCUGAAAGUCACCGGCAGUUUUCAGUCCAGCGAGAUCAGCACCCCUCUACUGCAGAUUUCCACUGAAACCAUUUGAGUU